AUGGGUGCUUACAAAUACUUGGAAGAAUUGCAGAGAAAAAAGCAGUCUGAUGUCGCUAGAUUCUUGUUGAGAGUCAGAUGUUGGGAGUACAGACAGAGAAACGUCAUCCACAGAGCUUCCAGACCAUCUAGACCAGACAAGGCCAGAAGAUUGGGUUACAAGGCCAAGCAGGGUUUCGUCAUCUUCCGUAUCAGAGUUAGAAGAGGUGGUAGAAAGAGACCUGUGCCAAAGGGAGCCACCUACGGUAAGCCAACCAACCAGGGUGUCACUCAGCUCAAGUACCAGAAGUCCUUGAGAGUGACCGCCGAGGAAAGAGUUGGUAGAAGAGCUGCCAACUUGAGAGUGUUGAAUUCUUACUGGGUGAACCAGGACUCCACCUACAAGUACUACGAGGUCAUUUGUGUGGACCCAUCUCACAAUGCCAUCAGAAGAGACCCAAGAUACAACUGGAUUGUUAACCCAGUUCACAAGCACAGAGAAGCUAGAGGUCUUACUUCCGCUGGCAAGAAGUCCAGAGGUAUUGCCAAGGGUCACUUGUACAACAACACCAAGGCUGGCCGUCGUCACACUUGGAAGAAGCACAACACUUUGUCCUUGUGGAGAUACAGAUCUUAA